CUAUUCAACGUAGCUAAUGGUCGGUCAGCGGUCUUGGUACCCAGACUUCCCGCCGCUAUAUGUAACUUGCCUGUUGAGAGAGCAUCCUGCUAACUGCAUCGUUCAAUCAUGCCCAAAUCAAAAGAGGUGUUGUCUUCUACAUCUGGCAGUGACUCCGACAGUGAAGCUGAAACAAAGGCUAAGAGGAAGAAGGUGAGUGCUCCAGAGAAACCUGCUAAAAAGCAGAAGAGUGGGGAGUCCUCCAAACCAAGCAGCUCAGCGAAGAGUGAUCGAAAUAGUGAUGACAACAUGUUCCAGAUUGGGAAGAUGAGAUACGUUAGUGUCAGAGACUUCAAAGGAAAGGUUUUGAUUGACAUUCGAGAAUACUGGAUGGACCAAGCUGGUGACAUGAAGCCUGGGAAGAAAGGUAUCUCACUGAACCCAGAGCAGUGGAACCAGCUGAAGGAACAAAUGUCGGACAUUGAUGAUGCAAUUAGAAGAGUAUAAAAUUUGUAAAAUGUAUUUCAGCAGGUGGGUCGUGUGUGGCAAAGUGUUUUUAGAAUUCCAUACUUUGGCAUCUGGGCACUUUGUUAAACAACAGAUUUUGUUUUUGUUUUGUUUUUUUUGUUUUGCUUUUUUUCUUUCCCCCUCGGUUUCAGUGUGGCUGCAGUUUAGUUCAAGCAGAGUGUUUUUGUUUGGCAAUUCAGAAUUCACAACUGCUGUUCGAUGUUUGCAAUGGAUGAAAUGUAAGUCUGUAAUGGGGGAGCAUUGUUUUGCGAAUAAAAUGGCUACACUCUUCUUCAGAUUUAGUCUACAUAAUAAAGAGCACAGUCGCUGCUUGAGUGGUUUCACAUUGA